CAACUCUUCUCGCUCGGUCUGCAAGUUCUUUCUGUCUUUCUCGCUGUCUGUAAGAUCUAAGUGAUUGGGAAAUUUUAGAGAACAUGUCAUCUUCGAAGGGUUUCGCUGCCACUGCCGGAAUGCUGAGAAGCCGUCUCAGCUCGUCGCUGCGUAAAAGGGGAGGCGGAGAAGGUCCGAGCAGGUGGACGAGCCCAGGUCACCAAGAGCGGCCGAACGGUUACCCUUUCAAUCGAACCCCACCUCCACCUGGGCAGUCCAGGAAAUGGGAGGACUGGGAGCUCCCUUACUACAUCACUGGUUUCCUCACAGUCGUCAUUCUCGGUGUUGGCCUCAACGCCAAACCUGAUUUCACCAUCGAGACUUGGGCUCACCAGAAAGCCCUCGAACGACUCGAGAAUCAGAAGAUCGCUCUCGCCUCUGCCGCCGCCGCUGAUGAAUCUGACUGAUUGUGUGUCUCGGGUACGGUUAUUGGCUCUAUCCGUUUUGUGUUUUCUUGUUUUCCUUAAAUUGGUUUGAAGCUGUUCGGUCGAUUGUGGUCGGGGAACUGUGAAUUUAUGUUGAUAGUAUAUGGGGUUCUUGUAGUUCAAUAAAAGUACCAAAAUUUGAUUCACUAAAACUUGUGACUUUACUCUUAUGGUUGCUUCCUUUGUAGUGGAUUAUGAAGUUGUUCAACUUGAGAAUUUUAUGAGAAUUCACAAUUAGUUUCACUCA